AUACAUAUCAACACGUAAGAAAUAAAUUGCAAAGAACCGGUGAGAGCAGCUCCGAGAUCUCGCGAUAUUUAAAAAACUAACGUUAUACAACUUUAUUGUGUUAUUCAGGAAACAAGCAUGUUGUAAAAACCUUUGAGCUCUGGGUGCUUUUUAACAUCGCUGCAGAAAUUAGAGCCGCUUGAAAAAAUCGCGUGUUAUGUAAUAUCGCUUUGGUAAAUGUCUGCUAGCUGAACAACGGAUCCGGAUCUGUUUUGGGGGAAGUUGUAUCAGACGGACAGUUUGGACCGAAACCUCUCCAACAGCAACCUCCAGUUUAAUUUGUUCCAACAAAAUGCCCGAGGGACCCGAGCUCCACCUGGCCAGCCUCUAUGUCAACGAAGUGUGCGAUGGAGUGGUGUUUACUGGGGCAGUCAGAAAAUCAGAAGUCAGCAAGUGUCCAGAUGUGCCCUUCACCUGCGAGGCCUAUCGCAUCACAGCCACUUCCAGAGGGAAGGAAGUGAAGCUCACACUGACGCCCAUCAAGAGCGCUGAUUCUAAGCGGACAGUGAAGAGCGGGCAGGCGGAUCAAGCCAUGGACGUGGUUUUCCGCUUUGGGAUGUCGGGAUAUUUCAGGUUCUCCGCAGAGGAUGAGCUUCCCAAACACGCCCAUCUGCGCUUUUAUACCAAGGAGAAGUCCUGCAGGGUCUUGAGUUUUGUGGACACGCGCAGGUUCGGCAGCUGGCAGCCCAGCGGGACCUGGCAGCGUGACAGAGGGCCUUGUGUCAUGUUUGAGUACAGCAGCUUCAGGGAGAACGUUGUGUCGCACCUGUCUGACCGCGUCUUUGAUCGACCCGUCUGUGAAGUUCUCCUCAAUCAGAAGUACUUCAAUGGCAUCGGGAACUAUCUGAGGGCUGAAAUCCUGUACAGGCUGAACAUACCGCCCUUCGUCUCUGCCAGGAGCGUCCUGGAAAGCCUUGAAGUCCAAGAUUCAUUAGAAAAGGAGAAGGCUGUAAAACACAGCAUCACAGGCAAAAAGAAGUCCGACAAAGUCAAAGAGGAGGAUGAAACCAGUGACCUGCUCAGAAUGUGUCAUAUGGUUCCCCUGGAGGUGGUGAAUCUAGGUGGAAAAGGCUACGAUCCGGCCAAAGCAGACUACUCCGGCUUCAUGUCAUGGCUGCAGUGUUACGCUGUGGAAGGGAUGAAUUGUCUUCAGGACCACAACGGCCGAACUAUGUGGUUCAAAGGAGAUCCGGGCCCCAUGGUUCCCAAAGGGUCAAGGUCCACCAGGGCAAAAAUACUGGUGAAAAAAGAACGCAAUGAUGAUAACGCAGACAAGAAAAAGGUUGCCAGGAGCCGCUCUGAAAGCACAUUAAAGAAAAGGCCGAUUAAACAGGAAGUGACUGAAAUAAAAGCAAAGGAUGCAAGUCUGAGCGAAGCCGGAUCCAAGAAAAGAAAAACUGGAAAGACUGCGGAAGAAACAAAACCACGUCGGAGCAGGAACAGUGGUGAAAAGGCAGCUGCAGGUUCACAGAGGCGGAGCGGCAGAAUUGCCAAACAGAACAGCAAAUGAAAGAGCAGCGGCAACAAAAGGCCCAGCGGACCACGGGCACCACCUUUUUAUAAGACGGCUGCAUACUUGUAAUAAAAUAUGUUUUAUACAAAA